UUGUAUUGUAGGUCUCUGGUGAUCAACAGCUACUUCUGUGACCACGGUCCCCUGUUCCGCCUGGCGGCCCCUGUUCUAAUGUGGUCCCUGGGCAUAGCGAUGAGCAAAAUCAACCCCUGUCAUAUUCUACCUGCCCAUUAUUUCUACGCACUUCUCUACACCAUCAUACCAACCAACGCCCGGAUCAUCAACCUCUCCCUGACCUCGAUACUGCCACCAAUGCUCAAUCCCAUCGUAUACGUUCUGAAGACGGAGGAGUUUAAGGUAUCGGUCAAGAAGAUGCUCAGAAGAGGGGCCCAAAUAGCUGUGCCGCAGGUCAAACCAACAUGA